AUGACUUCAUACACAUAUCGGAAAAUUUCGUCAUUCUGGGGAACUAUUUCAACCAUGUCAAAUAUUUUAAGAGGUCUUGAUAUAUCCACACUUACCCAUCAAUCGUUGAAAGACAUGGGCAAUCAACUGUUCAACUCAUGUCAAUAUAACGAAGCAGUUCAAUGCUAUACACAUGCUAUCACCCAACAACCAAAUAUUUCUUCGUAUUAUUCAAACAGAGCGUUGUGUUAUAUUCAAAUGCAAGAUUAUUCAAAAGUUUUAUCUGAUUGCAGAUGUUACUUCUUUUGCCACGAUACUCAAAAAUUAUAA